GCGUUCCCAUUGUGGUGUAUAGUAACGCAAUUUUCCCCACAGCCAGUGCUUUUUUUUUGACCGGGCUUUUAUUAAUGUAUUAGACCAUUGACUUGAAACUGUGUAUGCUCGUCAUAUAUUAAUAUGCAUGGUAGAGAACACCUGUUAAAGAUAAUUGUGGUUUGUUUAUUAAUUGUACAGUGUGAACAUUAUGCCUACGUGUUUUAGUUGUGUGUACGAUGCGUUAUAUCAAUGGCGUUAAAACGUUCAGUAUGGGCGUCACGUGCCCGUAAAGCUUUCCGGCACCGCCACCAGGGUACGUACGACGCACACAAAUUUCACAUGUUGCUUUUUGUCUCCCCACUUGUUCAGUAUCUUGAUUAUCAUACGUGUAGGCUGUAUGAUUGGUCAAGGGCAUAUUGAAAGCUCUCGCAAGCUUCAUUGAGAGCAGCUAUAAGAGUUACUAGAACGAAUGGUUACAAUUCUAACCGGUGACUUUACUGCAAGCACGCACGGUAUCACUGCCCGCCAUUUUUAAAGUGCUCGUUGCUAUAUAUCUCGCAACAUCUCGGAUCCGUUGCAGUUGAAUCUUGUGAGCACUUGAAGGCACUCUGAGGCAAGCGAGAGAGAAAGGUUCCCUGUAAGUGGUCUUCACUUCAGUCACAAGCAGAAAUUCCACGAAAUUGUUGAACGAGCCUGAAGUACUAUCAUCGCGCUAACACCGAAAAACACUUUUUCUUACGUCACACAAUCGGUCAGGAAUCAGCGCAACAUGUCUGCAGGGUCAAGAGGGAAGAGUGCUACAAGAGUAUUCAAGAAAUCCAGCUCCAAUGGAAAAAUCACAACGUAUCUAGGAAAGCGUGAUUAUGUGGAUCAUUCAACACAUAUUGACCCGAUCGAUGGAGUGGUCUUACUGGAUCCAGACUACCUCAAGGAUCGCAAGGUGUUCGCACGACUAGUCGCCAUCUUUCGCUAUGGUCGAGAGGAGCUUGAUGUUCUAGGUCUCUCAUUCCGCAAAGAACUGUUCCUAGCCCAGAGACAGGUCUAUCCACCUCUACCAGAAAACGAGCGACCUUUGACCCGUCUUCAGACCAGUCUAAGCAAGAAACUGGGCAACAAGGCGUACCCAUUCUCCUUCGAGCUCACCAAGAAUUCGCCUUUCUCAGUUUGCCUUCAACCAGCUCAAAACGACGAGAAAAAGCCGUGCGGAGUAGAAUAUGCACUUCAUACUUACAUUGGCGAUGAUAUUAACGAGGUCCCGAGUAAGAGGCGAUCAGUGGAGCUAGCUAUCCGCAAGGUGGCCUACGCGCCUAGACGACAGGGGAUACAACCAAGCGGAGAAGACUCCAAAGAAUUCCUCUUCAGUAAGGCACCGCUACGUCUGGAGGCAACCUUAGAUAAAGAGGUAUACCACCAUGGUGAAACCAUAUCCGUCAAUGUCCAUGUCUCGAAUCAGUCAUCAAAGAGCGUCAAGAAGGUGAUCGUCACCGCCUUCCAACUCGCAGACAUUCAGCUCUUUGAGACCGGAUCUUUCAAAUGUGAGGUGGAUAAAUACGAAGCCUCAACGGAACUUGAGGGAAUGCCAAUCAAACCAAGUCAGGUUCUAACCAAAGUGUUCAAGGUCACACCGCUGCUAGAAAACAAUCGAGACAAGCGAGGUCUGGCCUUGGAUGGGAAACUGAAACAUGAGGACACAAACCUCGCCUCAUCUACAUUUUUCCGAAAUGACGUGAUGAAGAAGGAGGAUCUUGGCAUCACAGUCAAAUACAAGGUUGAGGUCAGGCUUGUAGGAGAUAUCUUUGCGUCGGACCUAACCGUUGAGAUGCCGUUCAUUCUAUCUCAUCCUCCACCGCCGGCACCAGAACCAGCCAUGACAUCAGAAUCAAACAAUGAACAAGGAGAAGUCCUUGAUCCCAACCUUAUCAAGUUUGAUACAUCAGGAGCUGCCCCAAAUUACGCUGAUGAUGACCUGCUUUUUGAAGACUUUCAUCGGAUGUGUGUGAAGGGGACCGAAGGAAAGGACACGGAGACAUAGAUAAACACAUUCAUAACGGAGGCCAUACAAGACCCACUUACAUUCGAAAUUUAAUCGGAUUUCUCAGUUAAACAUGGUUAAAAACGUUCAUCAUCGUCAAGAUAUUGAA